AUGAGUGCUGAAGCCAAAAAGCAAGACAAAGAAGACUCUUCAGAAGCCCCCAAAGAGCUGCCCCACAGGCUGGUGGAGAAGACAGCAGCAGCAGCAGCAGCAGCACAGGACCCCAAGGCAGCAGCAGCAGCCCCUGACGACCCAGCAGCAGCAGCAGCAGCAGCAGCAGAACCUGCAGCCAAGCAGCAGCCCGCCCCAAAAGCAGCAGCAGGGCCCCCCACGGCCAAAAGGGUCUUAGCCAAAAAAGAAGCUCCUCCAGAAAAGCCCUCAGAAGAAGCAGCAAAAGCUGCUGCAGCAGCAGCAGCAAGAACUGCAGCAGAAGCCCCAAAAGCUGCAGCAGAAGCAGCAAAAGCUGCUGCAGCAGCUCCCGUGGCCAAAAGAAUCAUAGGGAAAAAAGCAGCACCUGCCAGUUUGCUGCGCAAGGGAAGCUUGGGAGCAGCAGCAGCAGCAGCAGCAGCAGAAGGCAAGGCUGCUGCAGAGAAACCUGCAGCAGACGCGGCAGAUGCAGCAGCAGCAGCAGCAGCAAAGCCAGCAGCAGACGCAGCCCCUGCAGCAAAGGCAGCACCCGAAGCUGCAGCACCCAAAGCUGCAGCAAAAGCAGCAGAAGCAAAAGCUGCAGCAGAAGAAGCAAAAGAAGCAGCAGCAGCAGCAGAAGCAGCAGAAGCAGCAGAAGCAGCAGGUGCAGCAGCAAAGAAAACUGCAGAAGCUGAAGAAGCUGCCGACGCAAAGAAGGACGCAGCAGCAGCAGCAGCAGCAGCAGACGAAGCCGACGCAGCAAAGAGUGCUGCAGCAGAAGCAGCAAAAGAUGCAGCUGCUGCGGGGAAAGAUGAUGCAGCAAAGGAUGCAGCAGCAGCAGCAGAAGCAGCAGAAGAUGCAGCAGCAGCAGCAACAAAGUCUGAGGCUGCCUCGAGCAGCCCGGAUGCAGCAGCAGCAGCAGCAGCAGCAGAUGCUGACGCAGCUGAGCAGCAAAAAGGGGAAAAAGAAAAAGAAAAAGUAAAAGUGGAGCAGCAAGCAGCAGCAACAAAAGAAUCCAAGAUGCAGCAGCCAGCAGCAGAAGCAAAAGAAGCAAAAGAGGGGGCCCCACAGCAGCAAACUGCUGCUGCUGAAAUAGCUGUGGAAGCAGCAGCAGCAGAAGCAGAGGAGGGGCCCCAAGCAGCAGCAGCAGGGGCCCCUGCUGCUGCUAAAGCUGCUGCAGCAAAGAAGGCCCCGGGGCUUGCUGCUAAGGCAGCAACGCCAGCAGCAAAGACUGCAGCAGCAGCUGCGAAGACACCUGCUGCAGCAGCAAAGACCCCAGCAGCAACAGCAGCAAAAGCCCCAGCUGCAGCUGCUGCAGCAAAGACACCUGCCGCAGCAGCAGCAAAGACACCAGCUGCAGCAGCAAAAACGCCGGCAGCAACUGCUAAAGCACCAGCUGCAGCAGCAAAGACGCCAGCUGCAGCAGCAGCAAAAACUCCAGCUGCAGCAACUAAGGCUCCAGGUGCAGCAGCAGCAAAGACACCAGGUGCAGCAGCAGCAAAGGCACCUGCUGCAGCAGCAGCAAAGGCAGCAGCUGCAACAAAAGAAGCAGAACCAGCAGCAGAAAAAGAGGGGGAAGGAGAGCAGCAGGAAGAAGAAGAAGCGGCGCAGCAGCAAGAGGAAGAGAGCACCGAAGCAGCAGCAGCAGCAGCAGCAGCAGCAGAGCCUAAGAAGGCAGCAGCAGCAGCUCAAGCCCCUUCGGCUAAAGUUCCCUUGAAGAAGGCAGUUCCAACUCCACCGCCCGCAGCAAAAGCAGCAGCAGCAGCAGCAAAAGCCGCGCCAGCAGCAGCAGCAAAGACAGCAGCAGCAGCAGCAGCAAAAGAAGCGUCCGCAGCAGAUGCGGCGAAGGCAGGACCGCCAGCAGCAGCAAAGACGACUGCAGCAGCAAAAGCAGCACCUUCUGCUGCUGCUGGAGCAGCAAAGACAGCUGCAGCAAAAGCUCCAGCAGCAAAAGCAGGCUCUGCAAAGGCUGCAGCAGCAAAGGGAGCAGCAGCAGCAGCAGCAGCAGCAGCAGACUCCCAAGCCGAGGCGAAGAAAGACGACAAAGAAGCAGCAAAAGGCUCUGCUGCAGCGCCAAAAGCAAAGACACUCAUGCACAAGGCUGCUCCCAAAGCAGCAGCAGCAGCAGCAGCAGCAGCAGCAGCAAAGACAGAGCCCGAAGCCUCUAAAGCAGCUCCGGGGGCGCAGCAAAAGGGGGCCCCCAAAGAGGGUAAAGGAGCUGCUGCAGGGGCCCCCGGGGCCCCCUCGAAAGAAGCAGCAGCAGCAGAGGCAGCAAAAGCAGACAAAACGCCAGCAGCAGCAGCAGCAGCAGCAAAAACUCAAGAUAAGGCUUCGCCGAAAAUCGCAGCAAAAGCCAAACCCGCAGCAGCAGCAGCAGCAGCAGCAGCAAGAGAUGAAGUCCCCACGAGCCCUCCCAGCGCGAAGACACCGAAGAAGAAAGCAGCUCCGGCCUCUCCCUCUUCAGCAGCAGCAGCAGCAGCAGCAGCAGCAGCAGCAGCAGCAGCAGAGGGCCGCAAAAGCGAAAGCCCCCCGGGAGAAGCCAAAAGAGCCAGCAGCACUGAGUCUGAGGGGCCCCACAGACAAGACACUGCAGCAAAACUCAGCCCCUCGGGGGGCCCCCCUUCUGGGGGCCCCCCUGGGGGCCCCCCUGGGGGCCCCCCUGGGGGCCCCUCUGGGGGCCCCCCUGGGGGCCCCCCUGGAGGGGGCCCCCCUGGGGGGCCCCCCGAGGGGGCCCCUGGGGGCCCCCUCGACGAGUCCGAUGGCUGGUCUGUUUCUUCAGAUGGGUUUAUGGGGGAAAGAGCAGCAGCAGCAAACAGCAAAAGCGACAGCAGCAGACCUGCUGCAGUGCCGCGGCUGAGCCACAUCCCCUCCAGGGACAGUGAGGGCCACAAGAGCUCGGGCGACAGCUCCGACAACAAAGGCCUCGAAAAGAAAACAAAAAAAGAAAAAGCUGCUAAGGGGCCCAAGGCAGCAGCAGCAGCAGCAAAAGACAGCAGCAAAGGCACUCCAACUCUGAGCCGGAAAGGCACGCCGCAGCUGCUGUCGCAGCAGAACAGCAAGCAGCUGCCAGCAGCAGCAGCAGCAGCAGCAGCAGACAAGACAAAAGAAAAAGAAAAAGAAAAAGAAAAAGAAAAAGAAGAAGCAGCUCCUCCUAAGGCCCCCAAGGCCCGCGUUGGCAAACUUGGCCAAGCAGCAGAAGAAGAAGCAGCAGCUGCUGCGCCUCUGAAGAACCUGGGCAGCAAAGGCAAGCAGGCAGCAGCAGCAGCAGCGCCAGCAGCAGCAGCAGCAGCAGCAGCAAAAGGCAGCGCGCGGCAGCCCCCGAAAGAAAGUGCGCAGCAGCACAGCAGCAAAGAGCUCAAAGAAAGAGCAGCAGCAGCAACAACAGCAACAGUAGCACCAGCAGCAAUUGCUGCUUCGAAGGCACCGGCAACAGCACAGGUUAUUACGGAAGUCAUUCCAGCAGCUGCAGCAGGAGCAGCAGCAGCAGCGCCCGCAGAAGCAGCAGCAGCAGCAGCAAAGCCGCAAACUGCAGCAGCAGCAGCAGCAGCACCGGAGAAGCUGCAGUCGCUUCGCGAAGCAGGAAAAGCAGCAUCAGUUGUGUCUUUUAAAGGACUUUCUCCGCAGCAGUCUUUUUCGAGUUCGGAGGAAGGAGCAGCGGAAGCAAAAGGUGCUGCUGCUGCUGCUGCUGCUGCUGCUGCUCCUGCUGCUGCUUCCCUCGCCAAACGGUUUGCUGCACUGCAGCAAAACAAAGGAGACUCCCAAAUCUCCCCGCAGCCUUCAAGAGCUUCCACGGGGCUUCAGUACUUGGCGUCUCUCUCAAAGAAGCUGCCUUCCAGCAGCAUGUCGAAGCUGGCGUCUCACCAGUCUGUGAAGGGGGCCCCUGGGGCCCCGGGGGCCCCCCCAGGGGCCCCCCCAGGGGGCCCCCCAGGGGCCCCCCCAGGGGCCCCCGGGGGCCCCCAGGGGGGCUUUGGGCCCCUGCCAGGCCAUUUGCUGCUGCGGACCCGCAGCUUUUCUCCCGCGCUGCUGCAGCAAAGACUGGAGAGUCCAGAAGUUCAUGGGAAGCUGCUGCAGCAUUCUGCUUACAUGCAGCAGCAGCAGGUGCCUUGGCGGGUGCCUGAGCGGGCUUCUGCAGCGCCAGCAGCAGCAGCAGCAGCAGCAGCAGCGCAGCAGCAGCAGCACAGGCGCAGCGGCGGCAGCAAAGCCUUCGCCUUGUUCUCCCAGUGCUGCGGCCUCCCCUGCUGCGAUAUACCGCAGGAGGCGCCUCAAGUCCACAGAGCCAGCAGCAAAGCCCUGAAGCAGCUGAUUUCCCAGCCCUCGCUGCGAGCAGCUCCUUCUCGCCAAAGCAGCAGCAAACCUGGACAGGGUUCAGUAAAGGGGGCCCCCAAGGAAGCAGCAGCUGCUGCUGCUGAGGGGCAGGGGCCCCCUGCUGCAGCAGCAGCAACAGCAGCAGCAGCACCAGCAGCAGCAGCAGGGUACUGGGAUGCCGAGGGCAACUGGGUGCCCACAGGAGACGGCGGGCAGCAGCAAGGGGGAGAUGCAGCAGCAGCAGCAGCAGGAGACGCAGCAGCAGCAACAGGGUACUGGGAUGAAAACGGCAACUGGGUGGACACUGCAGCAGCAGCACAACCAGCAGCAGCAGCAGCAGCAGCAGCAGCAGGCUACUGGGACGAACAAGGAAACUGGGUGAGCACAGCGGGCUACUUUGAUGAGCAGGGAAACUGGGUGCAGCAGCAAAAUAAUCAGCAGCAGCAGUGGGACCAGCAGCAGCAGCAGCAGCAGUGGGACCAGCAGCAGCAGCAGCAGCAGUGGGACCAGCAGCAGCAGCAGCAGUGGGACCCGCAGCAGCAGUGGCAGCAGCAGCAGUGGGACCAGCAGCAGCAGCAGCAGUGGGACCAGCAGCAGCAGCAGCAGUGGGACCAGCAGCAGCAGUGGCAGCAGCAGCAGCAGCAGCAGUGGGGAGACGGCUACGCAGGCUACUAUGACCAGCAGGGCCAGCAGGGGAACAUAGAGCAGCAGCAGUAG